UCAUACCACCACAGUGACCGCUGGAGGUCUCACUCUAAAAAUAGACAGGGGCUUAGCCUUUAAUGCAUUUAUUGUUGUAUAUGGGUUAUACAGCCCACACACUAGCCUGACCAUGCUCUACUAAAAUGACAGUCUUCUCAUUAGAUGUGUAGGUGCGGUUGUUCUGCUAAUGCAGUCCAGCGCGUCCGGACGGCAAUCUUACUUUUGAUGCAUGAGAGUUUGAGGAUUUUCAGCCGCUGAGCAAGCAUCUGGGCAGAAUCAUUUGCAUUAUGGCUUCGGAUCCAGAAAAGAACAAUCAGCGUGUGAAACAGCUUUUGGGGAAACCUGGGAAUGGAAACUGUGCCGACUGCGGAGCUGCAGAUCCUGAAUGGGCAUCCUACACUCUGGGAGUGUUUGUGUGUCUCAGCUGCUCCGGCCUUCAUAGAAAUAUUGUUCAGAUCAGCAAAGUGAAAUCUGUUCUGUUGGAUCCCUGGAGCUUCUCUGAGGUGGAGUUUAUGGAUUCUGUGGGUAACAAUGCUGCCAAGGCUAAAUAUGAACAGAUAGUUCCUGCCUUCUACUACUGCCCUACACAUAAAGACUGCACGCUCCUGCGAGAACAAUGGAUCCGAGCCAAGUACGAGAGAAAGGAGUUCCAGUGUGUGGACAGGCAGGAGCCUUACUCGGCAGGCUACAGAGAGGGGUUUCUAUGGAAACGAGGCAGAGACAACGGACAGUACCUGAGCCGGAAAUUCAUUCUGACAGAACGGGAAGGUGUUUUGAAGUACUUCAACAAGCACGAUGCCAGAGAGCCCAAAGCGAUAAUGAAGAUAAAUAGUGUGAAUGCCACUUUCCAGCCAACAAAAAUCGGCGUUGCCCAUGGCCUGCAGAUAACUUAUUUGAAGGACAACAGCACUAGGAAUAUCUUUAUUUACCAUGAGGAUGGAAAGGAAAUAGUGGACUGGUUUAAUGCCAUCAGAGCAGCCAGGUUUCACUACCUUCAGGUGGCUUUUCCUGGAGCAUCCACCUCUGAUUUGUUGCCAAAGCUAACCAGGAACUUCAUAAAGGAGGGUUACAUGGAGAAGACUGGUCCAAAGCACACAGAGGGCUUCAAGAAGAGAUGGUUCACAAUGGAUGACAGGAGGCUCUUGUACUACAAAGAUCCACUGGAUGCUUAUGCACGAGGCGAGGUGUUCAUUGGCGGUAGGCAAAACAGCUACUUUGUGGUUCCAGGCCUCCCCCCGAACACUCAGGGCUACCAUUGGCAGUUUGGAAUUACCAUCGUGACCCCAGACAGGAAGUUUCUACUUGCGUGCGAGACUGUCGAGGAUCAGAAAGACUGGAUUUCUGCAUUUCAGAUUGUUAUCAACAGACCGAUGCUGCCUCAAGAGUAUGCAGUAGAGGCCUAUUUUAAGCACAAACCAUGACUGUCUUAAUGCUUGAAGAUCUGACGCAGUGAUUGAAGCAAGACGAAGAGAAGGACCUUGGAUACGUCAUUGAUAUCUCAUAAUGGAAGUUUUUAUAAAGACUUAAGGGUUUCGAAGAAAAAUACCUAAUGAGAUAGUAACCAUUCCCCCAGUGACUCCUUUACUAUUUUUACCAUCCUGCUCAACCUCAUUAUGUGACAGACCCAUUGCUUAGGGAGUCGGAAUAACUCCUAAGCUCAUGAAUGUUAGCCUUACCCACUCAUCUGUGUGGUGAUGUUACUUACUUACCUGACAGAGGCCUGUCUUUACUGACCUGUAUGUUUGUAGGAAUCAGAAUCGUUGCUGCUCGGAUAACAAAAUAUGUUUUUCUCUGUUUUCAGUAAUAUAACAAGUAUGCAGAUGCUCACAUUUAUUCCAUAUACGAGUAAAAUGAUUCUCAAUGUAUUUAUUUUUUUAACUGUCAAAUUUGCUAUAAGCAGUUUGUGAUGCUAUAUUGCCAAACACUGCAGGUAUAAUUUUUUUUAUAUUCAAGCAGCUGAAUGUUAACUGGUUUGUGUAAUGUUUAUGAUCACAUGCAUUGUUUCUCUUUUUUGUAAAACUGUAUGACAAUAGUGACCCACUUCAGCAUUUACUUUAAUGUGGUAUAACUUAACCAGCAGAUGGAGACAGAGGAAAGGAUUUAAACUUGCUAUGACCCCCCCCCCCCCCCACACACACACAAACACCAGGAGAUCAUUAGGCUCAUCAAAUCAGUGACUGCAUGUGUACAUAGUUUGUCAAAGUGCUAAAGAGAUAUUUUGAGCAGUAUUAUGAUCCUUUUGUUAAAAGUGGAGUGUAAAAUGAGUAAAAUGAUACGGAAAUGUCGUCAUUAUUAAAAGGGUUAAAGCCACAUCACCUUCAGUUUUUAUUAUAGUUAUCUUUCAGUUACAAGAAAUAAGUUGCACAUUGAAAAGUAGUAAAAACAAAAAUCAAUACAUUACUGUGAACAUCAAGAUAGGAAAAACAUGAAAAUGUACAGUAAAUGCUGUACAGAGAUAUCCAGUUUCUAUGACUAACAUUAAAUCUACCAAAGCAACCGUCAAAUAGAAAAGAGGCCUAUGCUUCUUUCAUUAACAACUGGUUAACAGAAUAAAUGCACUGUGCUAAUGUUUUUAAGUAACAUGGCACUAUAUACCCCAUUUAUAUAUUCAUGAUUGGAAAAUGAAAGCAGGCUACUGAUGUUUGCACAUUUGACUAAAAAAUGAACGUUAGAAAUGAAGAGAUAUACACAUCUGUUUGUUGUAAACAAUACUUUGGGUGAGAUUGCCGACAUACUGUUGGUCUUUGUUUCCCCAGAUACCCCACUAAAACCUUAUCCAUACUCAUAUACCAUCUAAAGUGCUAUUCUCCUCAAUCCAAACUUUUUUUACAUGGAGAAAAAAAGUGUUUACAUCACGUUUGUCAAAUCAUGUUUCCAAUUUUUUCAAAAUUAAAGACUACAUAAACAAGUACAAGAGACGUUGCAUUAGAGAUCUCCAAAACUCAACAUAGAUCCUUUAAUAUUGAAAUAAUCCCCAAAGUGUUUUAGCUUUUAUGACACAUACACUGCCAUGUUUCUGACUAUUUGUUUAAACUACUGUACUACCACAGCUGAAUCAUGGAAAUGCUUGGACUGAGUUUAUGCUGGUGAGCUAAAUUGGCUUCAAAGAGCCUGUUGAAUUACAGACAUGAACACUGAACCAUGGACAGAACAAGCAUAACUAUACAGUACAUCUAUAAUGAACAUUCAUCCACACGCUGACCAAGGGGACAACAUUCAACCAAAAUGCUGCCUGUCACUGACACUUUAAAUCAAUCUGAAAUAAACAACCUUACUUGGAAAAACAUCAUAAAUCCUGGUGCGAGAACAUCCCAUCACAAUAACAUAAACACAAAAGGUGAAGCAAAGGUAGGUGUCCGAUUCAAUGCUGGGGUUUAAAAUAACAUGCAGCUAGAUUUUUGGAAGAAAUUAAUUAAUCUAUUAAUAGGUUAAUAACUGAGGUGUGGAGCGUCUAACUUAGUCUUUCACAAACCACAACCUGGGGCUACAUCCACAGCUGCAGAAUGAGAUGGAUAAGGAAAAGCAGGACACAUGAAAUAGAGUAGGGCAGUGAGAUGAAGGACAACAGAUGGAGGAUGUUCUGAUGGAGACAGGGAGGUUUGACAGGGUAGAAACAAAAAGGGGAAAACGAUUUAUACCUCGCUGGAGCUGACUCCUCAUCUUUGAUCUCACAAGAUACACCAACGGUGGGAACAUGUGAACAUGAGUGAUCCCCAUACACACAAAUAAAUACACACA